UUCUUCUUUUUUCCCCUUCACGCGGGCUCAGWUAUUUGACAGCGUUGACUGGUCAACAAAGAUGCGCGUGAGUUUGCGGCAUCUUGAACACCGCAGUCCAAAGRGCGCGAAAUCUGUCGGCUCAAAAACCAAAAUGGAGGACAAAUGUGCUGAAUUUGGUGAAGAUUUUCUUAUUUUUUGAGCUCCUAGUUUGUCUUUUCUAUCAUCAGCAGCGCUUGGAUAUAGCAAUUUCCUAACUCCUAGGUUUGGAUUUGUUUCUUUUUGAACCUAGAACUGUUUAGUUAGGAAAUUUGAAUUGUUAGAAUUGACUUUAAGAAAGAUUGGUGACUGAAGACGAAGAUGGAGGAAGAGGAUGUUAAGAUUGAAACGACAGAAAAAAUUGUAGUCCAAGCCAAAGAAAGAACUACUAGUGUCUCGUGUGAAGCUAGUUCCUUGUGUGAAACGGAAAAGAACCAAAGUAAAGAAUCUGAGCCAAGUUUAACUACUUCAAACGCACAAACAUUUGACAGCUCAAAAAGCGCAAAAUGCAGUGAGUUGUUAUGUCGUACGGGAAUAAAAAUUACAGAAUCAGAUAUUCUUCAUGGUAAACUAAACACAGAGACUGAUGUCACUGGGUCAGGAAAAGCUGAAAUUCAUGAAAGACUCUUGGUUGUCAUGUCUACUUCCAUUCAACCUAGUGACAAAGCUAGCACUCUUGGAACRCAAGACGGGGGAGAGAAAAUAAGCAAUGAAAAUGGGAGUUUGAAUUCAUCUGGAGAUAAASCUAUAGAAAUAGAUUGUAGCAAGACUAGGGAUGCAAUGCCAAAAGGAAAACAGAGCUUUAAGGAAACAUUUGAAAGUGGUUGUUCAACAAAUCUUGACCAAGAAAAAGAGGAUAAUACUAAAGAUAGUGACAAACCACAAGAAAAUGUAGUGACAAAAGCUUCUUGCAAUGAGAAGAGAAAAAACAAAGAUAUCGGUAAUGGCAGUCAAAUAUCUGCAAGAGAAUUAGACAGUAAUGAGGAUGGUUCUGGGUCAAAGCCUAAGAAGCCAAGAAAACGUGCUGCCAAAAAAACUGAUGAUGAGAAUUCUUCUGCGGCAGUUUCCCAAGAAAUGUGUACAGAAGAUGGGCCAGAAGAUGUCGAUGCUCARUGGAGUCUGCAUGAGAAAAGACUGCUUUUAGAUGCACUUGACAGUGAUGCUGGUCGAGGACGUUGGAAUGCCAUUGCCAAUCAUGUCAAAACCAAAAAUAUCCACCAGGUAAAACAUUUUACUGAAAAACUCCGAGCACAAGAAAAUGGUCAAUCACCGGCUCAUUUAGUGGGCGACAAAGAUGAUCCAUUACAGGCAUGGAUUAACAUAUGUGAGAGGCUCAGAGCAGGACAAGAAGAUAUUGACGCCAAGUGUAUUCCACAGGUCAUGACAAUUGCCGCAGUUGAACCCACUUCAGCCACCCAAGAAAAUACCAAUUGCCCAAACUACUCUAGAAUCUACACCUUUUUAAGUUCUAUUCUGAGAGGCCAGGCUAGCGUAGCUGGUCUCACCCCUGUUGAUGCCAGGGUGGUGCUAGAAUUGAUUCAAAGUUUAGAGGUGAAAAUAAUGAAUGCCGACCUUCUUGAACAGCAAACGUUUUUGAGAAAUAAAUACACAAGCCUUGCUAAGGACCUUGAAAAAGAACAAAUUGUUCUUGCUAUGGAUGAACUUCAAAAGGAAAUCGGUGAUAAAGAUACAAGAGAGUUGAAUUCUUGUGAAGAAAAAGAAAGAAGUGGGACAAGUGAUGGUCAGUUGUGCAAGACAGAAGCAGCGGCAUAUACAAAAGGUGAUGAAAGAUUUAAGGGUCUUUAUACAUUGGCGUCAUUGUGCUCCAAUUGUAAUGUAGAUGAAAUAGGAGGCGAGGAAGCUAAAGCACCAAUGGAUAUUCAAAUAGAAAAGAGUUCCGAGACUUCAGAACCUUUGCCCUCACACACUGCCUCAAUUGUAGAUUUAGAAGAUGAAGGAAACAUUUCUAAUUCAGAUGAAAUAACAGAAAAAGCCAAGACACCAAUGAAAAUUCAAACAGACGAGAGAUCAGAUACUGCUGAGUUUGUGCUGUCAAGCACUGCUACAGCUGCAGAUUUGAGACAAGCAAAUGACAAAAAGAAGCACACAUCCUUAAACAUUGAAGCUGAAGAAGRAACUUUGCCGUCAAGCACUGUAAUGGCUCCUGAAUCAGAACAAGCAAWCAUGGAUGAAACAAACACCAUCACUAAUAGUAAAACUAGUGACACGCCAACGAGCAACAGCUCUAUAUCAUUUUUACAGAACACUUCAGUCACCCCAGUGUCAAAACGAAAGAGGUCAAAAAAAAUACCCAUUCUUGAACCUCCUGAGGAGUCAUUAACAAAGAGUAAAAUAGAGUCUAGAAAAUUGAAGAUAAAAAGGCUGAAAAGAAGUUUAAAAAGACCCAAGCUUUCGUCCUUGAACCCYGUAUGUGUACCUGUGACAAUGUUAAAUAUGAAACCAAAGGUUCAUCAGUUGUAAUYGUUUUCACAAAUGUUGUUCAUUCUUACACAGAAAAUAGGAAAAUAGGAAAAAAAUAUUUUUGAGCUAAUAAUAGAUACUUUGUUCUUGUUUAAGCGUACAAACAGGAAAAAUAAAAUGAGCUUGAUAAUCAAAACGCAAAACGCAAGCCUUUUGGAUUUAAAUUUCAUCAGUCAUAAUAGUUUUCACAGAUGUUGUCCAUUUUUCACAUACACUUAUAACAAUGACCUGAGAGAAAACCUUAAUAUAGCUGUAACAUGACAGCAAGUAAACCCAGAAURCCAAAGACAUUUAGGGUUGAUAUCUGUGUGAUAAAGCCAUGAAUAAAAACUAUAUCGGUAAAAUGAUACAAUAUCCCUUCACAGUAAACUGCAAAUUUUGUCAUUUUAUCGACCUUAAAUACGUAAUAAACAAAUAAUUACAUGUUAACAGCUUGAUAUAAUAUCUAUU